CGGUGGACUCCGGGUCAGUGCCGCGGCCCCAGCGCCCGUCCCCACGUCCGUGUUCCGCGUGGCGCCCCGGCGUCGGUGGGAGGCAUGGAACGCCCUGCGGACCGUGGCGCCCUCCCGGCCACGGGUCCCACAGCCGCCCGCGCCCCGAGCCUGCGCCCCAGGUUCGCCUGCUGUGGGAUGGGUGAAGAGGAAGGCAGCCGAUAUGUUUCACAGCUCAAGGAGGUCUACAGCAGCUGUGACACCACGGGGACCGGCUCUCUGGACUGGGAGGAGCUGACCCAGCUCUGCCUGAAGCUUCACCUGGAAAAGCAGCUGCCCGUCCUUGUGCAAACGCUGCUUGGAAAUGACCGCUUUGCCAGGAUCAGCUUUGAGGAGUUCAAGGAAGGGCUCGUCGCUGUGCUGGUCCUUGCCUGCCCUCCCGACAGAGACAGCUGCUCCCCAGAGCCCGCUGCCUUGCAUGCUGUCCCGCCAAAGUACGUGAGCGGCUCUAAGCGGUAUGGCCGCUGGAGCUGGCCCGAGGCGGGCCACCCUGCACCCGGAGUCGCAUGUCCACCCGCACAGCAAGCCAGGGCCACCGCCGGCGGUCAGUCCCAGUGCCCCGCAUCUCUGGAGAGCAUGGAGAGUCUCAAGUCAGAUGAAGAAGCCGAAAAUGCCAAAGAACCUCAGGAUGCGUCGUUUGAAGCACAAGGCCAGCUGCCAGCCUGGGGCUCGGAGGCCUUCGGGAGCCCCUCGUCCGACACCCCCGAGAGCUGGGUCCAGGCCAUCUGGGCAGAGCUGGGUGUUGGCGGCAAUGGCCACCUCAGCGAGCAGGAGCUGGCGCUGGUCUGCGCGAGCAUCGGGCUCCAGGGACUCGAGAAGGAGGAGCUGGAAGACCUGUUCCACAAACUGGAUCAAGAUGGAGACGGAAGAGUGAGUCUCGAGGAAUUCCAGCUCGGCCUGUUCAACCAUGGACCCACCUCACUUCUGGAAUCUUCUGCGCCCGCCAGACCGAGCAGGUUCUGGCCUCAUCAUCAGGCUGCGACGGAGCCGGGCCGGCCGAGCGGAGGCCGGGCCCCGGAGACGCCGACGGCGGGCGGCGCGCUGCGGGAGGAGGGCAGCUUCCAGGCCGCCGCCACCUCGUCCCUCGUGUCCGUGUGCUCGGGACCGCGCCUCUUCUGCAGCGCCGACGACGGCACGGGCUUCGCCCUCCCCGAGCAGCUGGUCGCCCUGUGGGCCCAGGAGGGCAUUCAGAACGGCGGGGAGAUCCUGCAGAGCCUCGACUUCAGCGUGGAUGAGAAGGUGGACCUUCUGGAGCUGACCUGGGCCCUCGAGAAUGAACUCAUGCUGGUCGGUGGGGCCACUCAGCAGGCAGCCUUGGCCUGCUACCGUCAGGAGCUGAGCUUCCGUCAGGCUCACCGGGCCCGGAGCAGGUGUGCCCAUCUGCCCGUCUCCUCCUGCGGCAGGGAGCAGGUGGAGCAGAUGGCCAGGGAGCGCGACAAGGCCAGGCAGGACCUGGAGAGGGCAGAGCAGAGGAACCGGGAGUUCGUGAAGGACGUGGACGACUGCCACUCAGCCCUGGAGCAGCUCGCGGAGGAGAAGAUCAAACGCCUAGAGCAAGGGUACAGAGGAAGGCUGCGCCUGCUGCAGUCCAAGGCGGAGGCGGAGCGGCAGCUGUUCUGGGAGCAGGCCCGCAGGCAGGAGGCCGCGCUGGAGAUGGACCUGGGGCACCUGCGGGCCGAGGAGGCCAGCCUGCACCGGAAGCUGACCCUGGCCCUGAAGGAAAACAGUCGAUUGCAGAAGGAGAUCCUCGAGGUUGUGGAGAAGCUCUCGAAAUCAGAGAAGCUGGUCCUGACACUGCGGAACGAUCUGGAGUUCGUGCUGAAGGACAAGCUGGAGCCGCAGAGCCGGGAGCUCCUGGCGCAGGAGGAGCGCUUCGCGGAGGUGCUGAAGGAACAUAAGCUCAAGUGCCGGGACCUGCAGGACCACAAUGACGAGCUGCAGGCUGCCCUGGAAGACCUGCGGGCACAGCUGCCCCCCGGUCAGUGCCACCAGUCCCCUGCGUGGCCAGAUGACCUGCCGCUCCCUGGACUCGGCCCAGCAGGCAGCAUCUCAUUUAUGGGGAACUCCAUUCCAGUGAGUAUAGAAGCGGAGAUAAUGAUGGAGCAGCUGCGGGAGCAUUACCAGGACCUCAAGGUCAAGCUGGAGACCAAGGUGAAUCACUACGAAAGGGAAGUGGAGGUGAUGAGGAGGGGCUUCGCCGAGGAGAGAAGGGCAGUGGAGCAGGCCUUCCGGCUGGAGGUCAACACACUGGAGGAGCAGAAGGCCGACCUGGAGAGGCGCCAGGGGAAGUCUCAGGAGGUCAUCCGCGGCCUGCGGGAGCAGCUGCAGGGCGCGGCCCGGGGCCCUGAGCAGCAGUGGUGCUCACAGGCGCUGCCUGGCCUGGCCCAGCGGCUGGCCCAGGACAAGGACCGGCUGGAGGCAGUGCUGCAGAGAGCCAGAAUCGAGUUGGAUCAGCUUUCUGAAGAAAAUACGUUGUUGAAAAAUGAGCUGGGAAGGAUUCAGCAAGAGCUUGAAGCUGCGGAGAGGACACAUGGUGCACAGAGGGAGGAAAUUGAGGCCCUAAAGAGAGACAAGGAACAGGCCUGCUGUGAGAUGGAAGAGCUCAACAAACAGAGUCAGAGAUGCAAGGACGAACUGUCCCAGCUCAACGGCAGAGUCCUUCAGCUAGAAGGGGAGGCCUGCACCUGCCAGGCCCGGAACCAGGAGAGCCUCGUCACCAUUCAGCUGUUAUCCCGGCGCCUGGAGGAGGCCGGGCGCCGGGAGGAGCUGCAGGGUGACCAAAUCCACAAACUGGAACUUGAACUUAAACAUGUGAAUCAGGACUGUCAGAGCCUGAGGCUGUCACAGAUGCAGCGCAGAAGGACCUGUGAUGAACGCCAGGACCAGGAAGAACUUGAAGAGCGGCCUGAAGACACAGACGAGCGGGUGGAAGAGGCGGGCGGGAUUCUGAAGAACAUGGAAGUGCUUCUCCAGGAGAAGGUGGCUGAGCUGAAGCAGCAGCUUGACAAGAACACGAACUCCGACCUGCUGCUGAAGGAGCUCUACGUGGAGAACGCUGGCCUGAUGAGGGCGCUCCAGGCCACUGAGGAGAAGCUACAUGGCGCCGAGAAGGAGACCCGGGUCCUGGAAGAGAAGGUCAGGGCUCUCAACAGACUCGUCGGUAAGAUGGCCUCGGCCUCCCUCUCGGUAUGAACAUGCUUGUUUUCCUGGAGUUCAUUUUGAAAGAGCGUCUUGUAGAGUUAAGCCCUGUGACAUCAUGAUCUUCUGAGGCUCACUGCCGUGCAGCCUGGACACACGACUGUGAUUCUUCGCUCACACCACACACGCUUGGUGAAUGUCUGCUUCAUGCCAGACGCUGGGGCAACAGCCGUGUUGGGAGAGGCCGCGUUUGCCGGGGGGUCCUGGGUGGUUUCCCAGGUAAGAGCCCCAGCUGUGCAUCUCGCUGGUGAAGGAUUCUGGGUGCUCUCAGCAAGGAGCCCCUGAGAGAAACGGUGUCACAGCUUCAGCGCCAAGUUUUUGGCCUUGGCUGGAGAGAUGAGAAUGCCAAGCCAGGGCUCGGCGCCGCCGCAUCCUGCUGGCACUGCUCUGGGCGGAGGGCCCGCGCAGACAUCCCAGCAAGGCCUCGCUUGUCGUGACCUUCAGCUUUCUGGCGGGCGGAGCGGGAGGGCACCGUGUCAGGCACUGGUUUACCCGGGAAGAUGCUUAGUGUUUGUUUUAGGUCUGUGGACUCAGGGAUGGUAUUUUUUGCAAAUGCAAUCAUUUCCUCAUUAAAAUGUCAUCACACUGAAAAUUGUAUUAGAGGUAAAAAAGAAAUACAUAUAUAUAGUUUUAUAUCCAAAAUAUACAUAAAUUAUGGUUUGCUUCAUCAGAAAAAACUACUGUAAUAUGAAGUCACUGUACCUGCGAUUAGCUUUUCUAUUAAAAUUGGCUUCUGAGUUUUAUUAUAAAAUAA